AUGUUGUCGCGAUCUCUCUUCUCGGCCGGCUUCCGCCAAGCAGCAGCAACUGCCACAACCCGUCCCGUAGCCAGACAAGCAUUCGCACGACCGGCACCCUUCCUCACAGCCUUCCAGUCCCGCUGGCUAUCAGACACGACGCGGCAGGCGAUCGAGAAGGCCGUGGGCUCGGCGCCCGUGGUGCUGUUCAUGAAGGGCACCCCCGAGACGCCGCAGUGCGGCUUCUCGCGCGCCAGCAUCCAGAUCCUGGGCCUGCAGGGCGUCGACCCGGCCAAGUUCGCCGCCUUCAACGUGCUCGAGGACGAGGAGCUGCGCGCGGGCAUCAAGGAGUUCUCCGACUGGCCCACCAUCCCCCAGCUCUACCUCGAGAAGGAGUUCGUCGGCGGCUGCGACAUCCUGGUCUCCAUGCAUCAGGACGGCUCGCUGGCCAAGAUGUUGGAGGAGAAGAAUGUGCUCGCGCCCGCGGACGCGCCGGAGUCUUAG